AGAAAUACUUAGCAGGAAGGUAUAUUACCCCUUAGAGUUAAAAGGUCAAGAUAUUAAAAAAAUGGAGUUUUUGGAACCUACAUUACAGCAAGAUAAACAUAAGCUCUCUAUAACCAAAGGUGAUGAUCAGUUGGCUAAACGGCGUAAAAAGAGUGGACGGACAUCAUCAUACGCUAACGUCCAAAAAUAUUUAAUAGAAAAUGAACAGACCGUCUUGCCACAGCAGAUGACGACCCCAUUCCCAUAUUUACCACCACAUAAAAUGGAGUCCUCCUUUCAGUCACCGGGUAUCUACAACGACACUGACACAAACUCGACCACCUACUUCUCUGACUCUACUGAAACAAGUAAUUUGAGUAGUCCGCUCACGAAUUUUGCCCAAGACAUUAUAAAAACUAAAAAAAGUGAAGACAAGUAAAAUGGUUUCCUGCGGGGAACAUUUUUAAUGAUAUAAAGAUAUUUCAUUGAACUAUUUUCAACAUUGUUUGUGUGUGUGGGGGGGGGGUAAAUAAACGCUUGUAUCCAAUAAUCGAUCAAUAUAGAAGAACUGGUGACCGUUGAAGACCGGAGAAGGUUGGACAUAAAACAAUUAUUUCUUUCUAAGAAAAUGAUUAAAUAUGCCUUCCAUUUUAUGAAUC